AUGAGUCGUUGUUUUGCUGGGAAUGUCAUCCUUGCAUCCUUGACGCCUUUCCCUUGGUUCUAUCAGGUCAUGUGCUUGGCGAGCAAAUCAAGCAGUUCCGGCCAGCAAUUCCUAGAUCAAGCGAUCCCGGUACGAGUUCCCGACCCAUGCCCUCCGUCCCUGCUCUUCAAGGGCUUCGCUUCUGCCGUGGCCGGGUCUCUGGAGCAAAAAGUGGCAUCACAAGCACUCCCCGCGGUGAUGCUUCAGAUCCUUGCGACCUUCCCUGCGACACACCAGCUCCGACGCAGAGAUCUGCUCUUGUCGUCGCGAUAG